UACUCCCCUCGGUAGCAGUCUCGUUCGGAAGUCCAAGUUCCGGUCAGAGUCUAGAAAAAUGUGGGUGUUUGGUUAUGGAUCCCUCAUCUGGAAAGUGGACUUCCCCUACCAGGAUAAACUGGUUGGUUACAUCACAAACUACAGCCGGCGCUUCUGGCAAGGCAGCACUGACCACCGCGGGGUCCCUGGCAAGCCUGGAAGAGUUGUGACCCUUGUUGAAGAUCCUGGGGGCUGUGUAUGGGGUAUUGCUUACAAACUACCAGUAGGAAAAGAAGAGGAAGUGAAAACCUACCUUGACUUCAGAGAGAAAGGCGGCUACAGAACUACAACAGUCAUUUUUUAUCCGAAAGAUUCCACAACAAAGCCAUUCAGUGUUUUGCUCUACAUUGGAACAUGUGACAAUCCUAACUAUCUUGGACCUGCACCUCUGGAAGAUAUUGCUGAACAAAUUUUUAAUGCAGCUGGUCCAAGUGGAAGAAAUACAGAGUAUCUUUUUGAACUUGCAGACUCUAUGAGGAAACUUGUGCCAGAAGAUGCAGAUGAGCAUCUCUUCUCCUUGGAAAAAUUAGUAAAGCAACGCUUAGAUGGAAACUAGAACCUAUUUAUUUGUACACACAGUCACCAACUCACCCAAAGAGGCAAGAGUUUUAGUCUUCAGAAAAUAACAUCAGUAUAGAACAGCAGUAUGUUUUAGACAUUCUUACUUGAAGAUCAUACAAUUUAACACUGUAAUUGGAAUAUCAUCUAAAUUUAUGAUUUAUUUGCAAGUGUCCUAAAAUAUAUUCAAGAGAUUUUCAUAAAGGAAAAGAAUGAGUUCAGGUUGUAUAAGUGAUUUCCUAAUUAUAUAACAUUUUAACAUUUGUUCAUUAGAAAUACAGGUCUCUCAAGUCCAAGUGGAUCAAGGACCUCCACAUAAAACCAGAUACACUGAAACUAAUAGAAGAAAAAGUAGGAAAGAGCCUCAAACACAUAAGCACAGGG